AUGCUCGGAAUCUAUGGUGGGAAUCUGGAGAAUGGCGACGAUACAAGACACGAUGGAGCCGAGGACCGCCGAACUGCGCUUGCACCGCCUCUGCAGAUCCCUAAGAACAAGAGCACGUCAAACCUCGGUGUUAUAGGUGACAAUUCGGAGAAGGCUCGCAUCCGCUUCUCGUUUGAUGCUGGCGCCGCCGCCGCCGAAUAUGACAAUCUCUCAAGGAGCAUGCUCGUGACGGAUCACGACCAUGGCCUAGGCCUUUCCGGGCUGAGGCGCAUACGCCAGCAGCACAACCCAGCGCGCGCUCCCACGCUCCCAUCGCCGUCAAGCCGCACGCCAUCCCUCGGGGCGUUGACGAGGUCAUCGUCCCUCACCAUGAUGACGGAGCCGCCAGGCCUCAUGAUGGCGCCGAUAUCUCCCGGCCCAGGCUCGCCUACCUUCACCGAAGAUCUCAGUCGAUUCCCGUCCGAAUCUCUCCAUUCCUUCUCUUUUGCUCACCAGUCCGAAGACCUCCUGCACAGUCGCCAGAACGUCCUCAAGCGGUCGAUUGAGUUUAUGAAGGACCGGAUGGGAUGGUCGGUCGCAUCGAGUGCGGCAAUGGCUAGCGCCCAAGCGCGCGUCACUGGGGACGUCGAGAUGCAGAACAUGCUGGAUUUGCUGGCCAAGGCGCAGCUCGUGGGAGCCGGCAACAUCCCAAAUGGCGACUCCACCCUUCUCACGGGGCCACUGAGCGGGCCGGCCACCAUGUCGGGUGAAAAUGUGUUUGACAAGCAGUUUGUGCCGAGGAGUACAAGCCCCGACCUCUUUGACGAGACCCCGCUGAUCUCUCCGGCGACUACGAGAAGCAUCGGCACACAAGAAUUUGGGGAACAUGAUCUGGGUUCCGGAUCAGAUCCGCGGCCCCCAUUUUCACCGUCCGGCCUCGGAGCCGAAUCUGAAAACUCAUCAAGGACGCCGACAAACGAGAGUGGGACCACGGCAAAAACCUCGCCCCCGUCUUCUAGGCGCCCCAGCUUUCUGAAGCGGACUUGGACGGACACGGUCCACAUCUCGGUGCAGCAAAAGCUCAUGGACGCUAUGGCGAAGCCCCUACUUCCAGGCGAGCCAGGUCACCAGGAGCAUAUUGGGUCGCCCACCAUGGCCCAGCCGUUGACGGCCCCGCUGGGUCAUCCUUCUAUGUCAAGCCAUGGGACGAGAUGGGUACCCGCGGCGCAAGCCAUCUUCACAACGGAAUCGAAACCCCCUUGGACGAUCCUUGCUGCAAACGACCUUGCUUGCCUGCUGUUUGGGGUCACAAAGGCUGAGGUUAGGAAGAUGGGUAUCUUGGAGGUCGUGCAAGAGGAGAGGAGGGCAUGGCUGGAGCGGAAGUUGCGCAAAGGGUUCCCCGAAGAUGCUGGCGACGGCUCGGAAAGCGAGAUUACGCAGCCAAACCCAGUUCCGCUGCCCUCGUCUCUGAUUGGGGGACGCGGUGGCGGGAUAACAGCCAAGCUCUUGAGUAAGCCAAAUUCGAGAUCGCAAACUCCCAAAAACAGCACCCGGCGGCCGGCAACUAUACACAACGGCGAUCCAAAGCCGCCAAAGCCGGGUCAGUCUCACCACCACAACAACAAAUCCAGGGGCGUGUUGCUUUGUGGAGAUGUAGUCCCAAUCCAGAAACGAAAUGGAGCCACGGGAUCCGCUAGCUUGUGGGUCAAGGAAAAGAGGGUUGGCUUGAUCUGGGUUCUUGAAGAGAUACACGAAGAUGUUGCCAACCUUGUUCUUGAUGAAGAGGGAACCGUGGCCGCCAUCUCAGGAGCCCUGGGCCCAAUUUGGGGAGACGACGACCUGCAGCCCGGAAGCGAUGUUGGCAAAUUAAUACCUCGCAUUCCACGCCAGGGCAUCGACCCUCGAUAUGGUGAGAUUGACUAUGCUGAGGUCGCAAAGCGAAAGUAUUACACUUGCCGCAACUGCGACAGAAUUAAUAUUCCAGCCACAGUCGAGCAGGUCAGGGGGACGCCAGAGCUUCGAGUAUCAAGCUUUCCCCAUAUUGCGGGUAUCAUUGUGGUUUGCACCAAAACCCUAACCAUAAAAAGCUCAAAUUCUGUCUUCUGCGGCGCACUUUUUGGUCACGAGUCCCCCAACGGCAUGUCGAUCAACAGUCUCGUGCCCGGUUUCGACGGCGUGCUCCGCAUUCUCACCGAGGAAGACGGAAUCCGCCUAGUGGACGGCAUUGUCAUCCCCGAGCACUCGUUCAGAAAAGCCUCGGCGUUCCUCGCCCUAAGAGAAGGCCGACCGGACGCGGCGACAGGAUUCCUACGUCCCGAGGGUCUGCUAGCAAAGCAUCGUGACGGCUCCGAACUAAAAAUCGACAUACAGAUGCGUGUUGUGAAAAGCGAAAAGCAGCACGCUUUGCUCGACGAGGUGGUUAUUGAGACGAGCGAAGACGAGUCUUCUUCCGAGAGAAGCGAGACCAGGUUCACUACACCACAUUCAGAGAUGGUAUAUGCCCUCUGGAUUACCUACUCAAGACACUUGCACGCCACCCGCACCAAUAUGGGCGCCUCAUCACCACUCCUAUCAGGCACCGCCACUCCACUUCAUCAACCGUCUCCGGGACAGACGCCGGCCCACACUCCGCUCGAGAUCCAGUCAGACUCGGAUGAGGCGCCAAAGGAGCGUUCCGCGGCCUCUCUGCUUGCCAGGCAACUGAAAGAAGCGGCCAAGAGCGCCGCCCUAAAGCUGACGGGCUCCCAAAAGGCGCCUGAGGCUCAGAAGGAACAAGCCCCAGUCAAACAGCUGACCGACCCAUCAAACAAGAAGACUAUUGACGAUUUUGUCAUUCUCGAGGAGAUGGGCCAAGGCGCAUAUGGACAGGUCAAGCUUGCACGCUACCGGAACAACGCGAAGAGGUGUGUGUUGAAGUACGUCACAAAGCGGCGUAUUCUGGUGGACACGUGGACUCGGGAUAGGCGGCUGGGGACGGUGCCGCUUGAAAUCCACGUUCUCGACUACCUGCGGAGAGACGGGUUUCGGCACCCCAACAUUGUCGAGAUGGAGGACUUCUUCGAGGACGAGGUCAACUACUACAUCGAGAUGGUGCCUCACGGGUUGCCCGGAAUGGACUUGUUCGACUACAUCGAGCUGCGGACCAACAUGGACGAACAGGAGAGCCGCAGCAUCUUUGUGCAGGUUACACGGGCGAUUCACCACCUCCACACCAAGGCCCAAGUCGUCCAUCGCGACAUCAAGGACGAAAACGUAAUUCUGGAUGGCGAAGGCCGGAUCAAGUUGAUCGACUUUGGAAGCGCGGCAUAUAUCAAGAGCGGGCCCUUUGAUGUUUUUGUGGGCACUAUUGAUUAUGCUGCCCCCGAAGUCUUGGCGGGCAAACCUUACGGCGGCAAGGAGCAGGACGUGUGGGCUCUCGGCAUUCUCCUCUACACCAUCAUCUACAAAGAGAACCCCUUCUAUAGUAUUGACGAAAUCAUGGACCGCGACCUCCGUGUACCCUACACAAUCAGCGACGACAGCAUCGACCUGAUCCGCCGCAUGCUGGAUCGCAACGUAUCCCAGCGCCUCGACAUUGAGCAGGUGCUGGCACAUCCAUGGUGCCAGAUGGAAUGA